AUGAAGGUCGCUGUCGCCUUGCCACUCGCCGUCCUGUGGGUCACGGCGACGCUGGCCUGCUCCGCCUACCUCGUCAGCGGCACCUGGUCCAAGACAUCGCGCGUCCAAGAGCAGAUCCUUCCCGCAAGCCCCGACCCGCCGCACCCAAAGCCGCCCGGCGGCGGCGGCCACAGCGCAGCAGCCACCGCCGCAGGCAGCGCAGCAGUGCCGGUGGGCAAGCCCUUUCCGGCGAGCGCCUACGAUGGCAAGUUCGUCGUCGGCCGCCGCCUCCCGCCCGGCGCGAGCGCCGACACUGUCCGUCUGCUCGUCAAGUCGCUGCUCGGGCUCGGCGCACUGCUCGGUAGGAGUGUCAUCCUCCCGCCAGAGCUGUGCGACUGCUCGAUCCCGGCGGACGGCUCGCCGCCCAGCUGCACCGGCGACGGCCCACCCCCCUUCGACUGCCCUCUCGCCAUCCCUCUCGACACGGCAGCCUGGGCGACAACUAGCUCGCUUCCGGCAAAGGCGACGGAGGCCCGAGAUGAGCGCGAGAUGAGCGCGAGAUGA